GCCUUCCUCUCUAUCUCAUUCUGUCUCGCUCUUUCCUCUCUCAAGUCGGCGAGAGAGAACCAACCCCCUCCUAGCUUCGCAGAUUUAGCUAAUUCAUCAUGGGUAAGGAAAAGUUUCACAUCAACAUUGUGGUCAUUGGCCACGUUGACUCUGGAAAGUCGACCACCACUGGUCACUUGAUCUACAAGCUUGGUGGUAUUGACAAGCGUGUGAUUGAGAGAUUCGAGAAGGAGGCUGCUGAGAUGAACAAAAGGUCAUUCAAGUAUGCCUGGGUGUUGGACAAGCUCAAGGCUGAGCGUGAGCGUGGUAUUACCAUUGAUAUUGCCUUGUGGAAGUUUGAGACCACCAAGUACUACUGCACCGUCAUUGAUGCUCCUGGACAUCGUGAUUUCAUCAAGAACAUGAUUACUGGAACCUCUCAGGCUGAUUGUGCCGUCCUCAUUAUUGACUCCACCACUGGAGGUUUUGAGGCUGGUAUCUCCAAGGAUGGGCAGACCCGUGAGCACGCACUGCUUGCCUUCACUCUCGGUGUCAGGCAGAUGAUUUGCUGCUGUAACAAGAUGGAUGCCACCACUCCCAAGUACUCAAAGGCAAGGUACGAUGAAAUUGUGAAGGAAGUCUCUUCCUACCUGAAGAAGGUUGGAUACAACCCAGACAAAAUUGCCUUUGUCCCCAUCUCUGGAUUUGAGGGUGACAACAUGAUUGAGAGGUCCACCAACCUUGACUGGUACAAGGGUCCUACCCUCCUUGAGGCUCUUGACCAGAUCAACGAGCCAAAGAGGCCCUCAGACAAGCCCCUCCGUCUACCACUUCAGGAUGUAUACAAGAUCGGUGGUAUUGGAACUGUGCCAGUGGGACGUGUGGAGACUGGUAUCAUCAAGCCUGGUAUGGUUGUGACUUUUGGUCCUACUGGUCUAACCACUGAGGUUAAGUCUGUGGAGAUGCACCAUGAGGCUCUCCUUGAGGCUCUUCCUGGUGACAAUGUUGGGUUCAAUGUCAAGAAUGUCGCUGUCAAGGAUCUCAAGCGUGGUUUUGUUGCAUCCAACUCCAAGGAUGACCCUGCCAAGGAAGCUGCUAACUUCACCUCACAGGUCAUCAUCAUGAACCACCCUGGUCAGAUUGGAAAUGGAUAUGCUCCAGUUCUUGACUGCCACACCUCCCACAUUGCUGUUAAGUUUGGUGAGAUUUUGACCAAGAUCGACAGACGAUCUGGUAAGGAAAUUGAGAAGGAGCCCAAGUUCUUGAAGAAUGGUGAUUCUGGUAUGGUUAAGAUGCUUCCCACCAAGCCCAUGGUUGUUGAGACCUUCUCUGAGUACCCACCUCUUGGUCGUUUUGCUGUGAGGGACAUGCGUCAGACUGUUGCUGUUGGAGUCAUCAAGAAUGUUGAGAAGAAGGAUCCAUCUGGUGCCAAGGUGACCAAGUCUGCAGCCAAGAAGAAGUGAGAUGUGCCUAUGCAAUCAGUCCUACUUUUAGCUAGCCUAGUUUUGCUGAACUUUCAAUUUCAAUAUUUGUGUUAUUCUGAAGUUUUGUGGACACAUAUGAAACCUUUGCUUCACAGUCCUCUAGCCUUGGUUGGAGGAGCUGAGCACCUAGAUGUAUUUCUGGGUGCUUGGCGAGCUGUGUUGCCGUCUCCCUUUUAAAUUUCGUGUUUUUUCGGUUAUACAUUGAGGUGAGUUGUGUAGUUGCUUGAUGAACAGCUUUCUUAAUGUUGUAACUUUUUAUAUCUAUGACUAUCAUUUUAUAAUCUUGUGUUUUCUU